CAACUCUGUACGAUAAACGAGAACCGACUCCCCCAAACAGCUGAUAAACUUGAAGGAAAACAAAUUUUGAAAUUUUAUUAAAUGCUUCGAAACUCAUCAUGAACCUGCGGCGCCUGGGCCUGUUCUGGAGUGUGGCUUUAUCCUGCAUCGUCGCGCUCGCGGCGACGGAGGACCUCCAAAAAGAUGACAUCUCACCAAAAAACUCGACCUUAUUGGAAAGUACCAGCAUUUCAACGAAUCCACACCCUGACGCGUCAGCUAUUGCCAGUCCGGCGGCUAAUGCCUCAUCCACAUCAACCACAAUAGCUCCGCGCAACGGAACUACCAGCACUACAAAGAAAGGCAAUGCCUCCUCGGUGGCCACGGAGCCGCCCCUGAUCGACUCUCAUGCGGUGGAGCAGGAGCACAACUCGUCCCUCUCUCUGUUCUUUGUCAUCUGCGUGAUUAUGCUGGGUAUUCUCCUGAUCCACCUCAUGCUUCAGACAGGCUUCCAGUACCUGCCGGAGAGCAUUGUGGUGGUGUUCCUGGGCGCCUUCAUUGGACUGUCCCUGAACGUGAUGUCCGGUCAGAAUGGGAGCUGGAAACGGGAGGAGGUGUUCUCCCCUAUGGGAUUCUUUCUAGUGCUCUUACCGCCAAUCAUUUUUGAGUCGGGAUACAAUCUGCACAAGGGUAACUUCUUCCAGAACAUAGGCUCUAUCCUGGUCUUCGCUAUAUUCGGCACGACCAUCUCGGCCUUGGUCAUCGGAGCUGGGAUCUACCUACUGGGACUGGCCGAGGUGGCCUUCCGGCUCAGCUUCUCGGAGUCCUUCGCCUUCGGAUCGCUCAUAUCCGCCGUGGACCCCGUAGCCACUGUAGCCAUAUUCCACGCCUUGGACGUGGACCCUAUCCUAAACAUGUUGGUUUUCGGCGAGAGCAUUUUGAACGAUGCCAUCUCGAUUGUGCUGACUGCAUCCAUUACCCAGUCGGCUAACGCCAACGCAGAGGCCAGCACGGGCGAGGCCAUGGUGGGCGCCCUCAAGACCUUCUGCGCCAUGUUCUUUGCCUCCGCGGGCAUUGGCGUCAUCUUUGCCCUGAUCUCGGCCCUGCUGCUCAAGCACAUCGACUUGAGGAAGCACCCUUCGCUGGAGUUCGCCAUGAUGCUGAUGUUCACCUACGCCCCAUACGUCCUGGCCGAGGGAAUACACUUGAGCGGUAUUAUGGCGAUACUGUUCUGUGGCAUUGUCAUGUCCCACUACACUCACUUCAACCUGUCCACGGUCACCCAAAUCACCAUGCAGCAGACAAUGCGUACUCUGGCCUUUAUUGCGGAAACCUGCGUCUUUGCCUACCUGGGCCUGGCUAUAUUUUCCUUCAAGCACCAGGUGGAGCUGUCGUUCGUCAUCUGGGCCAUUGUCCUCUGCCUAAUUGGACGAGCCUGCAACAUCUUUCCCCUCGCCUUUUUGGUCAACAAGUUCCGCGAGCACAAGAUCAACAACAAGAUGCAGUUCAUCAUGUGGUUCUCCGGACUGCGUGGCGCCAUUUCCUACGCCCUUUCGCUCCACUUGAACCUCGAUAGCCAGGAAAAGCGACACGUUAUCAUAACGACCACACUGAUAAUCGUGCUUUUUACCACGCUGGUGCUGGGCGGCUCGACAAUGCCACUGCUCAAGUACCUCAAGCCCGGGAAGAAACGUCGGACACGUGGCUUCGCACGCUCUACGGAGGAGGGCGGUCGCCGCAGCGGCAGCCGGAAGCGUUCCAAAUCGAUUUCCCUGUCCAAGACCCGCGAGUGGGGACAGGCCAUCGACUCCGAGCACCUGUCCGAGCUCACCGAGGAGGAGGACGUGACCUUCACCCAGGCCCGCGACCGCUUCGGCCGGCUGGACCGCAAGUACUUCAUUCCGUUCUUCACGCGCCGCUUCAACAGCCAGGAGCUGCACGAGUGCAAGUCGCAAAUGGCGGACCUGACGAACAAGUGGUACCAGGCGAUCCGGGUGAGCCCCCUGGACUCGGACGAGUCCGACGAGGAGAUAGGACUGGCGGCGAGUACUAGUCAGAGCCAUCUGACGCGAUCCUAGGUCCCGAGCAGGGCUGGCCUAUGCGCCGGGAGAAGUCCGAGGCUGUGUCGAUGCACAUGUGUGUGGCCAAAGGGAACGGGUCGUAGUUGCGGCCCAAGUGUAGCUUAGUUCAAUGUACCGGUGGCGGUUGCUUUUGUUAUCCUUGUGUUAUAUAGUCCUGUUCCUUAGUUUCAUUUGUGUACUUUAGUCUGUUAUUCACCGGCUUGAAGCAGUAUUUGCCUCACAACACCUACGUAAAAACUAGCAACUUGUAGAAAAGUAUUUUCGUGGCUGUAUUUGUGAUUUUGUAAGAUUUUGAACCAAAAAUAUAAUAAAUAUCUGAAUGUGAUAUCCAACCAGGA